ACCCCCAAACCCCUCCCCCUUUUUAUACUGCCAUCACCCAUCCACAGGUAUUCCCUCUUUUCCAAUUCCCACAAGUAGAAUUCUACACCUGUAUAAAGCCAUCAAAUUCCCAUCUUUUCCCCCAUUUCUCAACUGGUAGGAAUCUAGCAAUUCUAGUUUCCUCCUCAUCUUGAUUGGGUCUGAGGGGGUUGGUGGAGCGAGUCGGGCCGAUCUUGAUGGGGGUUGACGGGAGGAUGGCGGACCGCAAGGGGAAGGAGGAGGCGGCGGGGAAGGAGGAGGUGGCGGCGAAGGAGAAGAGAAGGUCGGCCAAGAAGAACAAGCGGCGGCAGAAGAAGUCGCCGCCGAUGCCGACGGUCGUCCAGAGGCUGUUCGAUACCUGCAAGGAGGUAUUCGCCGAUUGUGGAGCCGACGUCGUCCCCGCCGCGGAGGACAUCGAGCGCCUUCGCGCCAUUCUUGAUGAUAUGAAACCAGAAGAUGUUGGCCUGACUCCGAACCUGCCAUGUUUUCGCAGCAAUGCUGUGUCUCAAGGGCCUCCUGUGAUAACAUAUUUAUCCCUUUAUGAGUCUCCCAAGUUUUCGAUAUGCAUCUUCUGCAUGCCUAAGUCUGCUGUCAUCCCACUGCAUAAUCACCCAGGAAUGACUGUAUUUAGCAAGAUUCUUUUUGGGUCCAUGCACAUCAAGUCGUACGAUUGGGUUAGCAAUCCUCAGAACUCCAACGAGAUGGUUAGGAACACAGAUGGUGCUCGGCUAGCGAAGGUUAAUACCGAUGAUGUUUUCAAGGUGCCAUGUAACACAUCCAUACUGUAUCCAGCUGCUGGAGGCAACAUGCAUCGUUUUACUGCAGUGACCCCUUGUGCAGUGCUGGAUGUGCUUGGCCCACCUUAUUCUACAUAUGAAGGAAGAGAUUGCACAUAUUAUAAUGAUGAUCUCCCAUAUUUGAGAUCCUCUGGCGAUGUGGUUUUUGUGCCUGAUGAGCACGAGAGGUAUGCUUGGCUGAAAGAGAGGGUGGGAAUGCCUGAUGACUGCUUUGUAUUGGCUGCUGAAUACAAGGGCCCAAAAAUUGUGGAACACUGAGCUGCAAUCUGUGGCGAUGAUACUGCAAGCAAAGCACAACAAUUCUGCAGGUUGGGUGUAGAUACACAGGAGGAGGGGAAUGGAGAGAGUAAAGGGGGGGGAUAAGGGACAGGUUCUGGGUGGCUUGCGCGCACCCCACAGCAAUUUUCUGUUUCACAGCACAGGCGAAAAAGUUCGUGGCGUGGCCCCGAAAGCAUGUUGUUUUUAGAGUUUUAAUAGAUUAACUUUGCUUUGUUAGAGUUUUAAGCUUAUAGCUUGUGGUGUUGACAAGUUGAUUCAUGGAAAACAUAUAAUUUCGAAUGAUUUAAGACUAGAUUUAUAUCUGAAUUCAAUUUUUCUUUCCUUGC